CAGUUGGCGCGAAACAGUUGUUUUUGUUAAAUACUUUAAAAUGUUUUUUAAGCGAUCAAUUAAGAGAUUUGCCCAUGUUAAUGGCUUUACAUUUGUCACAUAUUCAUUAAAUGGAGAAAUAAUAACAAGCGGAACCGACGGAGAUCUACGAAUUUGGAAGGAGAUUAGCGAUGACGAUCCAUCAAGUCAAUGUGUUGGAGAGAAUGGAAACUGCUGUGUACAAUUUAAAACCGAUAAUAAUGAGAUGCGUCUAUUAGCAACAUCAGAUAACAAUGUUCAAGCCUACAAGUAUCCUGAAUUCGAUCGUGAAGGGAUGGAACUCAGAUUCAAUGGUUUAGUUACAUCAAUUAAAGUUAAUAAGAUAUGGAUAGUCGCUGGAUCUGAAGAUCAUACAAUUAAGGCACGAAAAUUCAGUGAUCCAGAUACAACCAUCGAACUUAAAGGACAUACUGGACCAAUAUUCCAGAUUGCUAUAAACGACAAAAAUCACAUCGCUUCAAGUUCAGGCGAUGGAACUAUCAAAGUAUGGAAUUUAGAGACACAGCAAGUUGUAAAGACAUAUGAUGGAUUCGAAAAGUUUGACAAGUUUAAUAAGUCUAAGAACUUCUGUACGCCAGCUUUUGAAAAGACUGGUCGGUACCUCGCAUUUUCUAAAGGAUCUAUAGUAAACGUUGUAGAGACAUCAAGUUGGGACAUUAAGUUUAAGUUGGAAAAUAAUGAGAUUAAAAAUACGUACACAGCAUGCAGUUUUUCACAUUGUGGAUCAUAUUUAGCUGCUGGAACUUCCAAUGGUGAAAUUUCAGUUUGGAAUCUCACUGAUAAUUCAAAAAUUAAGGGAGAAGUUUUUGGCGAGGAAACUCAUCCAAUUACAUCCAUCGAAUGGAAUCCAAAGAAUAUUAAGGAAUUCGCAUUUUGUGAUUCUGAUGGACAAUUAAGUACCAUAAAAAUAAGAGCUAAUAAGAACGACGAUGAAGAUGCUGACAUAUUAAUGGAAAAUGGAGAUGAAGUAGUACGAGAUCCUGACGAUAUAUAUGAUGCAAUUGAUUUUCGUGAUGAUGACGACGAAGAUAAUGAAAAUUGCGUAGCAUUAGAAAAGUUAAAAAAUGAGACCAUGAAAACAGGAGCUGAUUCAGACUCAGAAGAUGAAGAUUCCAAAACUGUUAAAAGUCAGCAAAUGAGUGAAACUGGCUCUGUUCGUGCUGUUAAACCAUUCUUAUUACAGCCACCAUUUCAGCCAGGCGCAACACCACAACAUUUAGAACAUCGUUUUAUGGUUUGGAAUCAUGUUGGUCAAGUACAAUGUCACUCAACAAGCGAUGAGAACUCAAUUAUUGCUGAAUUUCAUGAUACAACUUUACAUCCAAGCUUACACAUCCUUAAUACAUUAGAUCAUCAAAUGGCAAGCUUAAGUACAUCAAGUUUGGCACUGGCAACAAAAGAAACGCCUUGCAAGCUUGUAUGUAUUGCUUUAUUAUCGUCAGGAAAUAAGGAAUGGUCAACAACAAUGCCAGAAUGUGAGGAAAUUCAAGGAAUCGCAGCUGGAAAGUCAUUUAUUGCUGUUGCCACAGAUGCUGGUUAUUUGAGAAUUUUCACAACAAUGGGAACUCAAAGAGAAGUUUUAAUGGUUCCCGGACCAGUUGUUUGUAUGUCUGCAUAUGACAAUAAACUUGUUGUGGCUUAUCAUACGUCAAAUACAUGUAAUAAAUACUCGAUUAUGAUCAUUAACAUUCUUGGAUUGGCAGUAUCAAAUCGUACAGUGGAAAUUCCAUUUGCUCAAAAUAUGAGAUUGAAUUGGCUAGGAUUCUCAGACGUAGGCUCAAUUAUUGCAUUUGAGUCAUCGGGACGCGUCAUAAGCUACAACAUAAAGAAGAACUUAUGGAUGCCAAUUUGUAACCUGGAAAAUCACCUUAUUGGAGCUUCAGAUACAUUCUUCAUGAUAAGUGUCUCAGAAAGCACGCAAAAAAUCCGUGCUACUUUAUGUCGUGGAACUCACUAUCCUUUAACUAAUCCACGACCAAUUUUACGUGAAAUCGAUUAUUCCUUGCCAUUAUGCUCUAUUGAAACUGAAAAGAGUAAGAUUGAAGAAUGUUUGGUCCGGUCUGUUAACUUUGAAAUGGAAUCAUCAUCUAAAGCUCUCGUUGAAAAUGGAUUAAAACUUUUCUCAACAGCUUUAAAUUCAGAACUUGAAUCUCGAGCUUUUGAAAUUGUCGAAUUAAUCAGUGACAAAAAGUUGAUUGAAUUAGCAUCUAGAUAUGCUAGUCAAAAAGGAAGAAUGCACAUGUCGAACAAGAUCUCUAAACUGUUGAAUGACUUUGAGGAAAAGGAAAUGGAAAAGAAGUCCAUGAUUGAAGGAUACGAUAAAGAAGUCAAAUCAUUCACAGAAGCUUAUGAAGUUGAGGAACAAAAACCUAGUGAAGCUCGAAAGAUUGAAACAUCCACACCUUUGAUAGCGCCACGUCCGAUGAUCAGUCAGAGAAAAGCAAAUCCUUUUAAAAAGUCGAGUAACAAUUCAAGUCUCGGUGCUAAAGCACUUAAUCAUUUAACAAAGAAAUCCAUUGGAUAUAAUGAAAGUGUCACUAAUUCUGAUGAUGAAAAUACACCGACAAAUAAUAUGUCGUUAAAGAACAACCGCUCAGUUUCUUUGGAUACGCCACGACCGGGUAAUUUCAGUCAAUGGUUUAUUGCCAACAAGGAGGAUCUUAAAGUUGAUAAUCCCAAUAGUACUGAUGCUGAAUUAUUCAAAAUUGCCAAGAACGUAUACAAGGAAUUGACACAAAAGACAAAAGCUUCAGUAGAGGAAUUAGAUACACCUCCGUCAGCUCCAAUCAAUAAGAGAAAGUUAGAACUGAAUGAAGACUCUGGAAGCACUGCAAAGUUGGCAAAAUAUGGGUACACUGAGUAAAUUCAUUAUUUUUAUGUUAAGCCUUAAGUAUUACAAGAAGCAAAAAUAAAAUUUUUCAUGUCCACAAAAAA